GGCACGUACACCACCGCGCCGCGCGUGCGACGAGACCACCGCCACCGGCCGCGGCGAGAUCACUCGUCGACUCGUCGUCCACCGCCAACGACGUCGUCCCCUUCGCCCCCCAACGUACAGCAUGAGCGCCACGGACGAGGGUGAGGAGGAGCGGCGGGAGCGGGGCGGCGGCCUGGUGUCGGACCUGGUGGACAAGGCCAAGGGGUUCGUGGCGGAGAAGGUGGCGCAGAUCCCCAAGCCCGAGGCGUCGCUGGAGCGCGUCGCCUUCAAGAACGUCAGCCGGCAGGGCAUCGAGCUGCAGAGCCACGUCGACGUCAACAACCCCUACUCGCACCGCAUCCCCAUCUGCGAAAUCACCUACACCUUCAAGAGCGCCGGCAAGUACGUCUAGAACUACUGCCACCCAUACCCAUUCUGAAGUUCUGAUUUCGUAUGCAGUUCACCAUGCACGGUGAUCGCGUCGGGCACGAUGGCGGACCCCGGGUGGAUCGCGGCGAGCGGCAGCACCAAGCUGGAGCUGCCGGUGAAGGUGCCCUACGACUUCAUCGUCACGCUGAUGAAGGACCUGGGCGGGGACUGGGACAUCGACUACGUGCUCGAGGUGGGGCUCACCAUCGACCUCCCGGUCGUCGGCACCUUCACCAUCCCGCUCACCACCGAGGGCGAGAUGAAGCUCCCCACCUUCCGGGACCUCUUCUAAAUUCUAAUAAAUGUCUCGAUCGUGGACGAAUUGUUUUACCUUUG